AGGCUUAUUUCGUCGUGUUUUUUCUUUACAAAGCUUUUUAUCAUUUUCCAGAGAAGUGCAGUUUAUUAUUACAUUAUCUUAUUACUUUCAAGGAUUUACUGAGCGCAGUGUUGGAGCGGUGCAGGACACAUGUUAUUGCGUAUUUUCCUCAAAACGCCAGACCGCGAGAACAAAGGGACCCAUAUUUGCGAAUUUAUAUAACACUUUCCGAUCGGCAAAUCGAUAAAUUAAAUAAACACGUGAUAGACAAUUUAUUCAAAAUCAAAAUGGUGCGGGUUAUUCCAGUGCAAGUGUGAAAAAACUAAUUUAAAAAUGAUUAAAAGGAACGGUGCUAAUGUAUUUGCAAUCGCGCCGAGCAACAAUCAGUGUCAAAGCGGCCGGAGUUCUGUCUCGCUCAGUCCCGGCGCGGCGACGAGAAUCCCGCGAGCCACUACCGCUAGAAUGACGCAGCCCGACGCGCAUCAAAACAGCAAGGAAGCGAACAUCGCGAUUUCGACAUACGUCGAAAAAUGGAAAAACCGAUAUGAAGAAUCCGAAAGAAAACACAAGGCUCACCUUCUCAAAUCGGAAAAAGCGAGACGUGAGCAUGAUGAUCUACAGAGGCGCUACAAGAUCCUCACCGAGGAGCGGAACCACCUGGACGCUGAACUGCAUGACCGAGAGAGGGAGCUUCUCAAGCUGCGGACAGCAUCCGAAGACCUGUACCGGGAGUAUGAGAGACUCAAGAACCAGCAGGAGAUUGAUGCCGGGGUGAUGCAGAAGGUGAUGCAGCAAGCCGGGGAGUGGUAUAAACAGAACAAGCAGCUCAAGCGACGCAGCGCCGUCCUCCUACACGCGUUACCGCCCAACGCUGUUGAUAUCGACCUCACCGACUCCAAUGAUAAUGCAUCAGACAGCAGCAACGAGGAGGUGGAGUUCCUGAAGCGCACGGUGCAGGAGCUGAGCGCGCAGGUGGCGGCGCUGCAGACGGACAUCAACAACGCGAGGCUGCACGAGUUCGAGGCGCACGAGCUCGGCGCGCAGCUGCAGCAGGACCUAGAAAUGGAGAAGGAGAAGAACUCGCGACUGGAGACAGAGCUGCAGGAGUGCAGGAGCCAGCUGGAGCGACACAACCGCGUGUCCAAGCUGCUAAUGGACGAGGUCACAGAGCUGAAGCACAAUGCCGACAGAGACAGAGAGAUGGCUGAGACGUACAGGAGCGAGGCACGCGAUGCGGCGAAGCGCGUUAAGGUGCUGACACACCAGUCCUCGCUGCUGCUGGGCGACGCGGGCGCGGACGAGCGCGCGGGCCGGCUGCUGGACGAGGUGGGCGCGCUGCGGGAGGCCCUGGAGCAGCAGGCGGCCAGACACCGCGACCAGCUGGACGAGUUGCAGUUAAAGCUUGCUGAAAAACACGAAGACACAGACAUACUCCUAUGGGAAGAGAAGAUAAAACUGGCGGAAGAAGAUGCGCAGAAAGCUCUAGAACGAGCGGAGAAGGCAGAGAGGAAAGUAGCAGAGUUGGAGAGAAGACUAGCAGAUUUGGAGAGGAAUAGACCUGGGCAGAGGAAAGGAGGCAUCAUGUCGAGGAUAAACUACUUCGAGAAUGCUGGAGAGAAGAAAGAUGUUAAAGUCGAAACAUCAUCAUCAGCAACUCAAGCGCCAUCAUCACCGUCACCACUCCCACCUAAAUCUCCACUACCAUCUGAAUCUAAUUUAUCUGUUCCACCAUUACCUCCUUCAUCCAAGACUGAAUCAUCAACUACUACUUCAUCAACUACUACUGCAUCAUCUACUACUGAAUCAUCAUUAUCACCAUCACCGCCACCUCCGCCCCCAUGUCCAUCAUCAUCAGCGCCUCCACCACCGCCCCCGUGCCCGCCUCCGCCGCCUCCCCCCUGCUUCCUGCCGCCUCCACCGCCCCCUACAGUUGGGGGGGACAUGGCAGAGAUGCUCGCCAGCAAACAUGGCACGUUGAAACGGACGAAGCAGAAUGGUGGUGGUGCAGGUAUAGACGCGAUAGUGGACCAGAUCAAAGGCGGGAAGUUCCAGCUGAAAUCCACCGACCAGGUCGUCAAGAAGCCCAAAGAGGAACCGGAGGCUGUGAAGGAGAUGCUGCAGAUAUUGGGCACACUAAGGAAGAGACGGGCCAACGGACGACCUAGCUUUAUUGCUGAGGAGGCUAAGAAUUGAGAGUGUGUUGAGAAGGCAGUGGUUAUCUGUGAAAAUGUCAAGAAAAAUGAAGAUGCUUGGUAGAUGUGUGUUAAGAAUGCAGUGGAUUUAUGCUAAAGUCAAGAAAAAUUUAGGAACUCAGUGGAUGUAGGGAAUGUAGUAAGUGAUAAAUGCGAAAGUCAUUCAAAGUUAAAGAGAGAAGUAGAAAUAUGUGAAGAAAUAGGUACCGAAAGCUGUGUAAAUUUAAUGCUUCAUAGCCGAGGAGACUCAAUAGUAUCAAUGUAAAUGUCAAAAAAGUGAAGAGGCUUGUUAAAGUGCGACAAGGCUUUAUAUGA